AGUGUUAUUUUGGCUCGAGCCACUGUUGGCCGCGGCAUGUAGCGGUCUCCCUUGCAGGUGGCAUUUCAUGUAGGGCACUUCCACUCAGCAGCAGCAAGCAGGAUGAGGCGCCCUGUCGUUGCGAUCUUGGUCUUCUUGAGGCCCAUAGUGGCCAUCACGGUGCCACGGUCCCUCUUCCAGUAUCCUCACCCGUGGUUUUCCCAAUCUUCCUCUUCCAGUACCGCUACGCAGCGGAAGGAUCUUCACAGCGUGGUGCCGCAGGCAAUCCACAAGUUUGAGGAAUAUGGCCGCGACGUCCUGCAGCCCCAGGGGUGGGACCCUGCCAAGCCGCAAGGCAAGCAGCAGGCUCCCCAGGCCAAGCCCGAGGUGAAGACGCAGGUGCAGCCACGUGUCAAGCCGCGGAUCGAGCCGCCGGCGUACUGAGCCUGGCGCGAUCCCCAGGAAGAGCACGAGGCGCAUAAUGAAACUCUCGGAGGUCCGCGCGGAUUUCUCAGCUCGGCGGUGUAUCCCCCCCUCCUCGGCGCGCGGAGCGCGCCCGGGGCGGCGAUCCAAGAAAUCCGCGCCGACCUCCGAACCCUUCCGAAAGGCACGCCCCACCUCAUCCUUCCUGGCGCGCACCCGAUGUUUGGUGCGUGUGCGUACCAGAUUACCACAACGAUCAUCGUGCAUUUGCUCUUACAUACCAUCGUGCGCUGGCCGCACGGCCGUUUAGUUUCCUGGGCGAGGCGGGUGCGAGGUUCAUGUUGCAGUGGCCCUCGUAUUGGGAGUUCAGCGUAAGAGUGACGUUGGCUAUCUCGCACGCGAUGACCGCCUCGCCCCGUUGUUUGCAUCGUGAAUGGCGACGGCGACGGCGGCAUGCCAACGUCAAGAGAGACAUCGCUCGUUGACGUUGAGCUCGUUUUCCUCCUACGCAGGGGGUGCAAACGGGCCUCCCGGUAUCGUGGGAAGUCAACUCACCUCCUCACCGCUCUUGGCUGGGUCGUUGUCCUGGGCCCAGGAACUGUGCCCACGCGUCCCUGGCCAAGCCAGAAGGUCC